CGGAGGCUCUAUGUAUGACAUCAGUGUGUUUUGUCGACAACCUCACCAACUCAGACGGCCCAAACCAUCUUACAGCACCAUCCCUCUACUUCCUUAGAUUCAAUACUUCCCAAACUGAAGCCAAUCACCCAAGUCUUCCUGCUCUUAGUUGGCAUCCUCGGCGCCUUCACCAUGACUUCAAUCUUCCAGCGACUGACACGACCCUUCACCUCGACAACGAUGCGCUUCGCCCCCGAACAAUCAGCGCAAAGCAUGAACCUUCCCGAGGGCGCACAAAAGGCCACACUGGCAGCAGGGUGCUUCUGGGGCAUCGAGCACAUGUACCGCAAAGACUUCGGCAGCAAGGGACUGCUUGACGCCAGAGUUGGAUAUAUUGGUGGCAACGUCGACAACCCAACCUACAGAUCUGUGUGUAGCGGCAGGACAGGACACGCCGAAGCAUGCCAAAUCGUCUUCGACCCGAACCAACUAUCCUACCGCACCAUCAUUGAAUACUUCUACAAGAUGCACGACCCGACAACACUGAAUCGACAGGGCCCGGACACUGGCUCUCAGUAUCGAUCAGGCAUUUUCUACCACGAUGAGGAGCAGAAGCAGAUCGCCGAAGAUGUGACGAAGAAGGCGAACGAGCAAUGGUGGAAGGGCGGCAUCAAGACUGAGAUUCUGCCGGCCGGUCAGUGGUGGGACGCUGAGACAUACCAUCAGCUAUAUCUGGACAAGAACCCGGGUGGCUAUGAGUGUCCUAGUCAUUACCUGAGGAAGUUCCCAGACCUACAAUAAGUUCGUUUGUAGACCAAUUAAUCACCGUUAAAAGUACUUGAGCAGAGUCAAAACACAUUAGCUCAUGUUCACGGC